UUUCAUACUUUGACACCAGUCAAUGUCUCACAGUUAUAUGGUCUUAUCAUUUGUGCAUUCCUUUUUACACAUUAUGUUCAAAACUGGGUUUUGUUUUGUGUUGUUGGCAGUCUUAUCUAAUGUAUACACUGAAUCUGCAUCUACAGAGAUUAACUCUGCCAAUAGCAUAAGUUCUUCAACCAGUCAAGGACCUACCUACACCGUAGAAACAUUGUUACAAUCCAACAACGAAGGAUGUGUCGAGACUAUAGUGGUGGACGGGAACGAAGUACAAGACACACUGGAACUACCUUGCAAGAAGAACAGAAGAGGAAGAAAAGUGGUCAAUGAAAAUGGGAAAAUUGUGAUCGGAGGAGACCUUGGGGACAAUCAUGGCAUACUGGGAAACAAACCAAACUCACUUGUGAUCCUGAGGGAUGGAGGAUGUAAGGAAAGAUCCUACCCUCCCGUAGGAGAACCUGAAGAAGCGAGUCUUAACAAGGAGGAGUGUGAAGAGGUGAGAAAGGAUAUGCAGGAAACUCAGAGGAUAGCUAAGGAUAAGGAUAAGGAGGAGAAAAUGUUUGACUUCGGAAACGAUGAAACCAAUACGUUGGGAUUGACUGGUGGUUCAGCUUUUAAUACCGAUUCUUUCAAAAUGCUAGGCAUUAGGUUUUAAAUAUUCCAAAUUAUUUAAUGGUAGUAAAUAUAUUUACAAUCGUAUUAAUACAUUAUGUAUGCAAUCUGAAAGAGACUUAUCAAUAACACCUACUCAAUAAGACGCAUAUCUAAGGCAAUAAAACUUUAAAUAAAACUAUUCAUACUGGAAAAAGGUUUUUAAUAAGUUAGGCCUGUGCUGCGUUGCUUAUUGAAAAUUGUAUACAUUUUAAUUUCACCACAGUGGCAUAUAAGUAGGUAAGGUGUACUUGAAGGUAUUAUUGAUGUAAAUAAACUAUUAUUUUCCCACUUUAAAGAAUGAUCAGAGGUUGAUUUCAAAAAUGUUUGCCAAAUAGUAGGAAUUAAUUGCGGAAUUUAAAUUCCUAAAAUUUUACUUGACCUUAUUGUCAGAUUAUUUAAAAGUUGUCAAUCAUCCUUUUUAUUUAUUUUUAGUUUGAAGAAACAGUUGGGUAGAUUUACUUAUCAGGAUAUUCAAAUGUGUGUUUUCAAAUGAAUUGAAUUAUAACGUGGUUACAGGCUUUUCUGUUUAAUAAAUAACGUUUUACCCUACAUUUUUAGCACCCUGACUUUUGUUAUCCCUAUGAAAAGGAAUUGUACCCAAUUAAAGUUUCUAACGAAAACAUCUAAUACAGUUCCUUAUGUUUUUAAGAACAGUUUUUUUCACAAGGUUUGUAUCAGAUACACUGGAUCUAUAAGUCACUUAAAAUUGCUCAAAAUGCAUAUGGUAUCGUUUUAUUAUUGUGUGCUAAGUAAAUAUACAUAUAGACCAAUAAUUAUUUUCAAUAAAACAUUAAAUUCAUGUUAAAUAUUGAAGUUGCAUACGGUUGAUUAAAACUAGUUUAAAAUCAAGUUUACAUCUUUGAACACUGUACAAACUCUAGUAGACGACGUUUAUAUUUCGAAUGGA